AUGUACCGAUGCCUAUACACGGGUACACAGGUGCCAUGUCUGUCCAUUGCAGACUGUGAAUUCAUGUCCAUUGCAGACUGUGAAUUCAUGUCCAUUGCAGACUGUGAAUUCAUGUCCAUUGCAGACUGUGAAUUCAUGUCCAUUGCAGACUGUGAAUUCAUGUCCAUUGCAGACUGUGAAUUCAUGUCCAUUGCAGACCACGUUGUACCAUGUACAGUCAUGCCACAUGCAGUCUUCGCCCCGAGUCAAGCGGACAAGAGACGACACUCUUACCACCAAACGUGUGGGGAAGGAAGCGGGGCACGUACACCGUCUGCCCUUCUUCUGGCUUUCUCGCCCACGCCCGCCUUACUAAAGCGCAGAAUCUGGUUGGCCUUGUCAGCCUGCUCGACGCGGCGUACAUUUCUCGACUUGGACCCCGACAUAGCUUUCUGCCACACAUAUCCCAUCCUCGUAACUCAGCCCGCCAUUGUCAUACACGUCUCGAGAGAAUUUGGCCGUCUAGUGCGAAUGCGAUCCCCGAUUUGCAAUACCCGACGUACCGGUACCAAUGCCAUGGUGCGCCCUCAAACACCUGGACCUUUCCAUACACUCAUAAAGGCUAACCGGUCCAGCAUUCGCUGUCGCACGCGUCAUUAUCGAUGUACAUCACGUCCACACACACACCAUUGUCCCCAUUGUCACGUCACUAAUCACUUCCUCUGCUCUUCAGGUGACGGCAAAUUGCCAAAAUGUGCUCGAUGCGAACACGCCAAGAAAGAAUGCACAUAUGAGACUGGCAGGCGAUUCCGACGCUCCUCCAUCUCUGAGUCGUUCAGCGAUAAUCAGCCCUGGGUCUCGCUACCGCCUCGAAUACAAUUCUUAGACGAAUCCACCGAGAUACGCUCUCAGUACACUGAAGAGGGCCAGUCCCCUUUUGGCAGCUCUCAUACCGGCUCCUAUUCUUCGGCAACGCCUGGCUCCAUCACCAACGAUGCCCGUGACAGUGGAACCCCCUCGGCUCCCCUGCUCACCCCGACCGAAGGAUUCACCGUGUUAUCCUUGCUGAAUGCAGAGUCCGCAGGCCUUCCGCCAUCGUGGAAUCGCAUGGCCUCACACAACCACUCGCUGAGCCUGGAUACCUAUUCCCCAGAGGAACCUAGCACAUUCGUCCAUCAGCAGCCUCCAGGGGCCCCCAUCCUCUGGCCACUGGAACAUGAGCAAGAGGCCAUGUUGCUACAACACUAUAUUGAAAAUGUCGCCUUGUUUUUUGACAUGAUGGACAACGAAUGCCACUUUGGUGUUCAUGUCGUCCAGCGAGCGAGGCAGAACAGCACCCUGAUGAAUGCCAUACUAGCACUCUCAGCACGCCAGCUGAGCCGGACGACCGACUUUGAUCCUUAUAUAGCCGAUGCAUACUAUCAACGCUGUUUCGACACACUCAUUCCCGCGCUCAACGACAGUGUGGCCAUCAAGGAGGAGUCACUGCUUGCAGCCACCAUCAUCUUGCGUCUAUUGGAAGAAAUGAACAUCUCCAUCAUCGGCUCUGACCCUCAGGGACAUCUAUUUGGCACACAGGCCAUCAUUCGCGCAGCUGAACAGUCGUAUGCUGCCACCAGCGGACCUAGCUUCCGACAAGCCAUUUAUUGGGCUGCCUUCCGUCAAGAGCUGUGGAUUUCCCUAAUGACCCAGCGCGCUUUCCAAUUACACAUCUUCCCAGCUGCUCGAUCCUUUGAGCCGGCCACUGACUCGGUCUGGGCGACUCGGACGAUUGCGCAUCUCGGGGACGUGAGUAACUUUGUCUUUGGCGAGGGAAGGCAUAGCGUUGCACGGUACAAUCAGCUCAUGGAGGAAAACACGACAUGGAGAAAUUGCAGGCCAUCAAGUUUUGACCCUUUCUUUUAUCGCAGGGACCGCGAUGGAAGUGGGAAGAACUUCCCAGAUAUCCGCUUUCAUCAAAAGUCUCACGUCAUGGGCACACAGUACAACACGCUCGCUCAUAUGUUGCUCGCUGUGCACGAUCCUACCAUACCGCAAAUUGGACCGGCACGCAAGCAAUCACGGGAAAUGGUGGACAGACAGGCUCAAGAUAGUGUUCGCACGUUGUGUGGUGUUGCACAAUCGAAUCCUAGCGUGUUUCCCUGUAAAUUCGUUGCUUGCUUUGCAAUUGCGCUAGGUAAGCUUAUUCUCACUUGGGAAGUGGUGCACAUCUUCAUACGGCUAACAAAUCCAGCCGGUGAUCGUUUUACAGCAAGAGAAGAGCAAGAACAGUUGCGAGAUCUAUGCUAG